GGCCGGUGAGGUUAGACCCUACACCGCAGGCGUAGGACAAAUGGCCGCUGGUGCCCCACACCUCGCGCUUCUCCUAGCCGCCACGCUGCUGCUGGCAGGCGGCGCGGCGGCCUACGGCUCCUGCUCGGAGGCUUACUGCGUGUCCUGCCCCACCAGCCCCAACGUCUGCAAGGAGUGCAAGGGGCAGCCGGUGGCCAGCUGGGCGGAGCCGCUAGGCGUGUAUGCCGCCCCCGAUGGCAAGUGCCGGCUGUGCGUUGACCGCGACCAGCACUGCACCGCCUGCAACGGGCGCACGGGUGCCUGCACCUUCUGCGGCCCCAACUACGGCGUGGGGCGGAGAGGGCGCUGCGAGGCGUGUGCCUCGCCGCAGUGCGCGUCGUGCGGCCCUGACGCGCGCAAGUGCCUGUGGUGCCGCACCGGGUACGGCGUGGACGUGCCGACCGGCAAAUGCGUGCCGUGCAAGGACCCCGGCUGCGAGCCCAGCGCCUGCGGCAUCGAUGCCUCCAAGUGCAUCCAGUGCAAGGCGGGCUGGCAGCUGAAGAGCGGCAGCGCCGUCGCAGGCAACUGCGUGCUGCAGACGGCAAAGCGCGGGCGCAAGAACCUGCUGUGA